AUGAAGAACCUCACUCAUAAGCCCAAGGAAGAGGGAGAAAACAUCAUUAUAAAGUUAGAGGACAAUACAUUAAUGGAAAAAUUGGAGUACAAGCUAGUACCGAAAUAUUUUUUACUAAACAAUGACAAGCAUAAGGAUGCCUACUGCUUGCUGAAGAAAACGAAUUCUAAGAAAAUCGAAAAGGAUAUGAUGAAUGGGGAGAAAGAGAAAAAAUUACUCAAAAAGAGACAAGGCGAAAGCGAAAAUUAUGAUGGGAUACUCAGUUUGGUUUCAAGUCAUAACAACAGUGGUGUGUGCAAAUUGGAAUCCCCCGAUUCUUUCCCCAGUUGUCAUUACAUAUGUGAAGAAAGGAAUGCUGCUCACCGGGGGAGCAUCAAAGAGGGGGAUGUAAAAAAAGUGCAAAGCAGGAAGAACAACAAAAAUGCUAUUAACCAGUUAGGUGAACAGAAAUAUAAUUUGGCGAGCCGAAACCCUGUUCAUCUUACUCCGAAUGGUAAAAACGUGGGGAGAACAAAAAAUGAAAACACACAUUUUAGGAAGGAAAAUUUUGUACGUCUAUUGAGAAAUUCUUCUAAAAAGAUUCUAUGUUCAGCUGAAAAAGUAAAAAUUUUUAAAAACUUAUUUUUGAAAAUAAAAAGGAAGGAUGAAAAUUUUUUUUGCGAUUCAAAGGAGGGAGCAGAUAGCCUGGGAAAAAGUGUAACAGGCGAAUGCUCUCCACCUGAGGGGUGUGUGAUAUGCCCAAGGGGGGAGGAGGCAACGGAGGAAAGUGCGAAAGAACAUAGAAGAGACGAAAACAAAAUUUUUACGAUCUCUUGUACAGCCAAGUUAAACGGAAAAGGAAGAAGCACAGGCAGAAGGAACGGCGAAACCUUUAGCGAAGACUCCCCCAAAAAUAACAGAAUGAAAAAGGAAGAAAACGACCUAAAGGGUAAUUCUGAUACGGUGACAAAUGAGAAAGAGGAACAUAAAUACAUUUUAGAUAAUUCCCUAAAUGAUAACACGAAAAAAACGUAUCCUGUAAUGUAUAAGGAUGAAAGUAAAAGCACAAAAUUUUUGGAGAAAAUUUUAAAGGAAAAAAAAAACAGAAUGAAUAAUCUCCUUCUUUUAAACAUCGCAAGAGAUAGGCCAUUCAAGCCAAAGGAAAUAACAAAACUGAGCAGGCUGAAAAGGGAUAGCGGUACCAUCUCGUAUGCAGAUAAAAUUCCCAAACAGGCAUUGCAGCCAAGUGGUGAUGGCGCUACCCUUGAGUAUUGCGCAUCAGACAUGAACAUAAAACAGUGUGGUGUCGGGGGGCACGAGAGGAGAAUCACUUUAGAGGAUAAAACGGAAGUUGCGGCCAAGCGUAGAAAUGAAAAACAGUUGGGAGAUGUUAUAAGGAAGGAAAAUGUCAACUUCAUUUUGUGUAAAAAUUCGAUGAAGGCAGACAAAAUGGACAAAAUAAAGGUAAAUGGGUUGCACAUCUCCAGUAGCAAUAAGAAAAUAAUUGCAUCAUUUGCGCGUAGAAGGACGCAGAAAGGGAAGAAGGAAAUUGCUAAAGUGGUGGAAAGUGAGGAGAAGGGUCGGAAGAACCACACUGAUAGGGAUGAAUAUCGUGUGAGCCAAAUUAUGCAAUACAAUGAAAAGUGCGAAGUGGCCGUCGAACAAAGAGGAGGACGCAACCACGUUAAGGACCACCCUGCACAGGAGACUCAUAUGUGGAAUACAUGGGCUCUCUCUGUACAACAGAACAAAAAUGAUGAUCCCCAAGAGGUUGUUCCCCAAGAGGUUGUUCCCCAAGAGAUUGUUGCCAAGGUGAGAGUAUCCAAUGAAGAGCAUCAAGGUAAAGUUAGACGUACCAUCAAAGAUGCUGCAGAAUUACAGAAAAGGUACCCAAUCGCAGUUGAGCAAACGAAUUGUGGGUAUCAGUCAGACCCAGUUUGUAAAAAGGUUAGUGACAAAAUGGGGAAGAAAGGGGAGGAUACUUUUCACUUCUUGUAUGAACAAAAUGGGAAGACAAACGGGGGGGGAGAAACACCCUGUGGGGGAAUAAACGUAAAGAAGAUAAACCCCUUGGAGACACCCUCCCAAGACACAUCAAUAAUCGCGGACACAGUUAACAGCCCGAAUAACAGAAAGGAAGAAAAAUGUAGCAAAAAGAAACUCUUCUUUUUUGAAAAAAACAAAUUGAGGAUAAAAAACUUUAUUAACAAAAAUGAGAUAUUUAAUCUGACCAGAAAAGGAGAGAGUAGAAAAAUGAAAAGUGAAAAGGGAGACAUGCGAGUGAGCCAUGCAUCGGAGAAGUUUUCCCCACACAGUUUUGCAACACCAAAUGAUUCUAUGAGCAAAUUUGGGAACAUAAAAAUGGUUAGCGGUGUAAAUCACGCAUAUAAUAGUAGCAUGUUCAAUAAAAAAAUAGUCGAGAAGAAGAUAAAAGUGGAGGAAGAAGUCCUUUCUGCGUAUCCAGUAGAAGUGAGCCACACGAAAAGGAAAGAUGAGGAUCACACUCUUAUGGAUGAAAAAAGAAUAGCGAGUGUGGAGGACGUAAGCACAGACACGGAUGUUUUAAUGCGCGUUUGCAUUGGAAACCAACUUGAUGGAAGCUUGAAACAUGGUGUAAAUGUAAUGAACGAAAAUGACAGCUUGGAUGAAAGUGAAGGUGAUCCCCUUGCAAAUGGGAGAACUGAUGAAGACAACCCAAUUUGCGAAAAGAGUAGCAACACGGACCGUUCGAAUAAUUACACGAAUGUGGUCAAUGAAGAUGAAAAAUGUAACCACAGCAUGUCAUACGAUAAACAGAAAUUACUGAUGAAGGAUUUAAUAACCAGCGUAUCGAAGGAAAAGAAUUAUGACAAUCCUUAUCAGCAGAAAAAAAAAGUGCUUGAAGAGAGAAAGGAAAAAAAUACGGACAGAACCUCUGAGCAGAAAUGUGAAGACUCCAAAAUGGAACGCAAAAUAAAUGGAUUAAAAAGGAAGAAAAAAAAAUUUCGAUCGUAUUUUAUGAAGUUCAGGUCCUUUCUCUUUUUCCAGAAUAGAAAGAAGACCAGCACAGUGGCCACCCUCACUGAAGAAAAUGGAUCCAAUAAAGUUAUUAGAAAAAAGAAGUUUCAUUUAAAAAGGAAAAAAAAAAUGAAAAAAUUGAAAAGUUUACGGUUGCUAAACAUGUAUAGCUCGAAGAAAAUGAUGGACAAAAGCAGCAAUGAAAGGGCAGCAGAUAGCCAUUGCGAAAAUUACCAAACGCGGGAAUUUUUGUUGGGAGAACAGAGGGAAGAAGAAAGGGGGAGGAAGACCAUCGUGCUCGACCUAGACGAGACGCUUGUUCAUAGCACGUUACGGGGGGAGAGGUACAAUUCUUUCAGGAUCCACAUCGAGCUGGGUGACGGACGCUGUGUAAUUUAUGUGAAUAAGAGACCAGGCGUGGAGCAUUUUUUUAAGGAAAUAUCGAAACAUUACGAAGUGGUUAUUUUCACAGCUAGCUUACCCAAGUAUGCAAAUGCCGUUAUCGACAAGUUGGAUAAGGACAACAUCUGCGCGUACCGACUGUUUAGGGAAUCCUGUACCUUUUGGAAUAAUAACUAUGUGAAGGAUUUAAAAAUAUUGGGACGGGACUUAAACAACGUCGUUAUCAUUGAUAAUUCAACCUUCGUCCAUAAGUUUUGUGAAGACAACUGCAUCUUAAUCAAAAGCUGGUUUGACGACCCAACUGAUAAGGAGCUUUACAAAUUAAUCCCCUUUUUAAAAAAAUUGUCAAAGAAGAAAUCAGUUAUACGUGAACUGAGAAAGUAUAACAAGAAAAAGAGGAAAAGAAAAUUUUAG